AGCAAGUACAGGAGUAACAGACUGCUAGUGAACUGGGAAUGCAAACUGCGAAACAUCAUUCAUGGGGCUUUGACAGAUGUGGUCAGCAAAUAACUUACUUUAUCAAGGACAAAAACAGGUAAACGAUGGCUGUUCGAAUACCAGUCCUCCGAACGUGUUUUCAACACUUCCCUGUUAAAACAGCCUUCAUUAGACUAUUCACUGAGGGUCCAGCCAGGAGCAAGCAGACUUUUUGUAGACAGCAGAAGGCUCAACAAUGGAACCUCACCCAGCCUUCCUUGUGUCCUGCAGUACAUUUAACACAGAGAAACACAUCACAGUUACACAAAGUGAAGAGGUAUUUUUCACAACCCAGCAUCAAGCAACGGUAUUUCAACGCAUUCACUGGCACUCUCCAGAAAGAUACUCAUGGGGGCUUUUCAGCUAGUUUGUCGGAUAAAUGGCAAACAUGCAUCCAUUCCACAAGGCACCAAGGAUUACUGGAGCGGUUUUACUCAACACCCACAGGGACCAGGCUGGUUACGAAACAGGCAGGGCUGCCAGGGAAGAGACUACCAAAGGGACCAAGGACCAAGCAGCCAUCCAGAGCCAACCAACCCCCUCUAGAAAUAACAGAGGACAUGAUGCAGUGCAUAGCUUACGCAACAGCAGAUCAGUAUCACCUGGCAACAUUGUGCCAUGAUCUGGUGGCCAGUGGAUUUUAUCAAAUUACAGACCUGCCCAGAGAUGCUGCAAAUGUUCUUGUUGUCUGUACUGAAAUGGCUUCAAAACCAAACGAUCAUGGAAUAAUCUUCUUUUUCAGGGAGGGGUCUGUUGUGUUCUGGAAUGUGGAAGAUAAAACAACAAAACAUGUGAUGCGAAUCUUGGAAAAGCAUGAGAUCCAGCCCUAUGAAGUUGCUCUUGUUCACUGGGAGAAUGAAGAAAUAAACUACAGAGUAGGAGAAGGAAACUCAAAGUUGCAUCGCGGAGAUAUUCUACUGAACUCGGAGCUAGAACCUGACCAGGCAGUGCUGGAGAAGUUUGCCUUCUCAAAUGCACUCUCACUGUCAGUGAAGUUAGCAAUCUGGGAGGUGUCGCUUGAUAACUUUGUGGAGUCUAUUCAGUCAAUUCCUGAGAUGCUGAAAUCAGGAAAAAGAGUAAAGCUGACCCGGGCAGAAGUUAUGCAAAAGAUUGGUGAACUCUUUGCACUAAGGCACUGUAUAAACCUGAGCUCCGACCUGCUGAUUACCCCUGACUUCUACUGGGACCGAGAAAACUUGGAACAGCUCUAUGACAAAACCUGUCAAUUCCUGAGCAUCAACCGCAGAGUUAAGGUGAUGAAUGAAAAGCUCCAGCACUGCACGGAGCUGACUGACCUGAUGCGGAACCACCUGAGUGAGAAGCAUGGCCUGCGGCUGGAGUGGAUGAUUGUAAUACUGAUUACUAUUGAGGUGAUGUUUGAACUUGCGAGAGUACUCUUCUGAGUAGAAGUGAAGUGUACAUGUUAAUGAAAGACUGGACAAAGAAGUGGAAUAAGUAACUUCUGUGCUUUCAGAGGUCAACAUAGUUUUACUCAGAGUGCUUUGGAAUUGUGAUGUUAUGUCUUUAACGUAUUGAUUAAAAUGAAAAAACUUAAAAGUAAAUAAUGUUUGGGGUAAUAUGCAGUAUUUUUUUGCUAAAAUUGACUAACAGCUAGAAUAAUCUAAAAUGUACUCUAAAAUUAUUACCCCCACUGAGUAUGCAUUACUCAGUGGGGAUAAUAAUUUGUGACUGGCAUAACAUAGUGUUACUCAUCUGUACAGCUUCCCAGUUUACAUUUUUAACAUCAUCUUGGGAACAGGUUGUCAGGUUUUAGUGAGCAUGUGCAUGGGCACCUACAAUGUGUUAUUAUAUCCUAAACACUAUAUUCUAUGUAUGUUACACAUACUAUACAAGUUCAGUUUCUGUACUUUUAUCAGGUCUGUCAUGCAAGCAAUGCUCUGUUUUACUAUUAUAGAAUUAAAACCAUCAAAUAGAAUUUUUAUAAAUUGUGUUAUUCACAGAAAAGAAUGGACACCAGGA